CUGCUCCUUCCUAUUGAAACCGGUGAUGCUGCCCCCCUUGGCGAAGGCCGUGCUGCUGGAACCGAUGGUAUUUACACGAUAGGUCUGGAGGCCCGGAGCCAUGCUCGGGCCCAGUUUCGGCGAGUCUGGGGCCCAGAAGCGGCUUUCUUGCUGGGAAGCAGUCGGGAUCCCUGCAGUCCCCACUCUGUCCUGCUUCCCCCUUUCCUGGGUCCUCGGCCGCUCCCGCCCCUCUGUGCAAGGAAGGCUGUCGGGCGCCCGUGAGCAGCCCAGCCUGGCAGAGCCCAGAGCACAGGUCCCUCGUGCUUGAGCUGCGCCCUGGGAAGGCUCGUUAUUAGAGACUCUUAAUGCGCUUCUCCUUCUGGGGGAAGAGAAGGAGGUUUCCGUGUUAAUGAAGCUGGAGGCGGAGGCUCGUCCCCGGGGCACGUGGGAGCUGGCGCGCUGGGAGAAGGCGGCGAGCACGGCCGCCUGUCUCCAUGAUAACUGUUAUCUGCCGCAGCAGCAGGGCUGGAGCACCACACCCUUCUCCUCUGCCUGUGGAGCCGGCGCGGCCUCUUCCCCCUUCCAGCGAGCGAAAGCAGCUGGGACCGCCAACGCCCGCUUCUUCUUCACUCCCCCUUCGCGGGCAGCAGAUCCGCAGACGCAGCCGUGACGCUCCGCGCUCCUGGAGCUCAUUGUCAUCUCCGUUUGGAUUGGCUCCCUUCCCAGGUGUUUAUCACCAGCCUGCCAGUGGAGCAUGUUCUAAUCCUGCCCUGAUAGCGCUUGGCUCUUGACCUGCUCUUUCGUGGCACCACCCAUACGCACAAUUACAUCACCUUGGAAAGCUGAGCCGCCGCUCCGCUGCUGCUGCUGUUUGUUUUUCUGUGUUUCUCCGGAGCCUCGCGGGCAGGUGCGCUGGUGCCUGCAGCGCGCGGAGCAGGGAGAGCGGGCCAGCGCGGGGCAGCGCCGCAUGCGUAGGGCCGGGCCCUGAGAAUGGAUUUCCUGAAGAGAGUGGUGCCGGCGGUGAUGUCCGGGGACGCGGGGCUGGAGGCCGGGGCGCCUUCACGGGACGGCGCCCCCCGGCUGCUCCGAAUCAGGCGCCUCGGCCUGCUGUCCAUGGGCCAGACGAUCGACGAGGACGAGGGGGCGGCGCCCGGGCUGCACCGGCCCAGCAGGGCCCGGCUGAAAGCCUCGGCCCCAGUGAGCAGUGUGAGUAGACGCCGAGUUCCUCCAGGAUACACCCCCCUGUGGGCGAAGAGGGGCGCCAUCAUGUCCUGCAUCACCAUCGACCCCGAGCUCAAGCCUGGAGAGUACGUCAUCAAGAGCCUCUUCGCCGAGUUCGCGGUCCAGGCGGAGAAGAAGAUCGAGGUGGUGAUGGCCGAACCACUGGAGAAGCUGUUGUCGAGAUCUCUUCAAAGAGGAGAAGAUCCUCAGUUUGAUCAGUUGAUAAGCUCGAUGAACUCCAUAGCGGAACACUGUCUGCCCUCCCUGCUGCGCACCCUGUUCGACUGGUACCGGCGGCAGAGCGGCACGGAGGACGAGUCGUACGAAUACCGGCCGCGCUCCAGCACCAAAUCCAAAGGAGACGAGCAGCAUCGCGAUAAAGAUUACCUGCUGGAGAGGCGGGAUCUCGCUAUCGAUUUCAUUUUUUGCUUGGUUUUAGUAGAGGUUUUGAAACAGAUUCCUGUUCAUCCAGUGCCAGAUGCUUUAAUACAUGAAGUUCUGAACUUGGCUUUUAAGCACUUUAAACACAAGGAGGGGUACUCCGGCCCCAACACUGGAAACGUGCACAUUAUCGCAGACCUGUACGCAGAAGUCAUAGGGGUUCUCACGCAAUCCAAAUUUCAGGCCGUCAGGAAGAAGUUCAUGACGGAGCUGAAGGAGCUCCGACAGAAGGAGCCGAGUCCCCACGUGGUCCAGAGCAUUAUCAGCUUGAUCAUGGGAAUGAAAUUCUUCCGGGUCAAAAUGUACCCAGUAGAGGAUUUUGAGGCUUCAUUUCAGUUCAUGCAGGAGUGUGCCCAGUAUUUCCUGGAAGUCAAGGACAAGGACAUCAAGCACGCCCUGGCUGGCCUGUUCGUGGAGAUCCUGAUUCCCGUCGCUGCUGCUGUGAAGAACGAAGUAAAUGUGCCAUGUUUGAAGAAUUUUGUGGAGAUGCUCUAUCAGACCACCUUUGACCUCAGCUCAAGAAAAAAACACUCUCUGGCCCUGUAUCCCCUGGUCACGUGCCUGCUGUGUGUCAGCCAGAAGCCGUUCUUUCUGAACUACUGGCAUAUAUUUCUACAGAACUGUCUGUCACAUUUAAAGAACAAGGAUCCCAAAAUGUCAAGAGUUGCACUGGAGUCACUGUACAGACUGCUGUGGGUUUAUGUAAUCAGAAUAAAAUGUGAAAGCAACAAUGUCACGCAAAGCCGCCUCCUCAGCAUCGUCUCGGCGCUCUUCCCCAAGGGCUCCCGCAGCGUGGUGCCCCGCGACACGCCCCUCAACAUCUUCGUCAAGAUCAUCCAGUUCAUCGCUCAGGAAAGACUUGAUUUCGCUAUGAAAGAAAUCAUCUACGACCUGCUCUGCGUAGGGAAAUCACACAAGACGUUCACGAUCAACCCCGAGAGGAUGAACAUCGGCCUGCGGGCCUUCCUGGUCAUCGCCGACAGCCUCCAGCAGAAGGACGGGGAGCCCCCCAUGCCAACCACAGGCGUGACGCUGCCCUCGGGGAACACGCUGCGCGUGAAGAAGAUCUUCCUCAACACCACGCUGACGGACGAGGAGGCCAAAGUCAUAGGCAUGUCACUCUACUAUCCCCAAGUCAGGAAGGCCUUGGAUAACAUCCUGCGGCACCUUGACAAGGAAGUCGGCAGGUCGAUGAGCAUGACAAACGUGCAGAUGUCCAACAAGGAACCUGAGGAUAUGAUCACAGGAGAGAGGAAGCCGAAGAUCGACCUGUUCCGGACCUGUGUUGCUGCUAUUCCCAGGCUAAUCCCAGAUGGCAUGAGCCGCUCUGACCUCAUUGAACUGCUGGCCAAGCUGACCAUCCACAUGGACGAGGAGCUGCGGGGCCUGGCCUUCACCACUCUGCAGGCUCUCAUGGUGGACUUCCCCGACUGGCGCGAGGAUGUGCUCUCUGGCUUCGUCUACUUCAUCGUGCGCGAGGUCACGGACGUGCACCCCACCCUGCUGGACAACGCGGUGAAGAUGCUGGUGCAGCUCAUCAGCCAGUGGAGGCAGGCCGUGCAGUCGUCCAGCAGGACGCAGGACUCCCCGCAGUCCGGCGUUCCCAACGGCAGCUCUCACUCCCUGCCCCUGGAGAGGGCGCCCUUCUCCAGCGUGUCCCACGUGGUGGAGGGCUUCGCCCUGGUGGUCCUCUGCAGCUGCCGGCCGGCCACGCGCCGGCUGGCCGUCAACGUCCUGCGUGAGGUCCGAGCCCUGCAUGCCGCCCUGGGGAUGUCGAAGGGUGACGAGGAGCUGGCCAUCGACGUGAUGGACAGGCUGAGCGCGUCUGUGCUGGAGAGCUUCAUCCACCUCACCGGGGCCGAUCAGACCAACCUGCUGUACUGCCCCAGCGGCAUCGACCUGCAGGCGCUGGCCGAGUGGAGCUCCUCUCCCAUCAGCCACCAGUUCGACGUGGUCAGCCCCUCGCACAUCUGGAUCUUUGCGCACGUGACCCAGGGCCAGGACCCCUGGGUCAUCAGCCUGUCCAGCUACCUGAAGCAGGAGCACCUGCCCAAGCACUGCCCCACCGCCCUCAGCUACGCCUGGAUGUUCGCCUACACCCGCCUGCAGCUGCUCUCCCCACAGGUGGACAUCAACAGCCCGAUCAACGCCAAGAAGGUGAACGCCACGAGCAGCAGCGACUCCUACAUCGGCCUCUGGAGGAACUACCUGAUCCUGUGCUGCAGUGCAGCCACCUGCACCCCCUCCUCCUCCUCCGGCUCCGUGCGCUGCUCCCCGCCGGAGACCCUGGCCUCCACCCCUGACAGCGGGUACAGCUACGACUCCAAGAUCAUCGGCAUUCCCUCCCCCUCAUCCCUGUUUAAGCACGUAGUCCCGAUGAUGCGCUCCGAGAGCAUGGACAUCACCGAAUCCCUCGUCCUGGGGCUUGGCCGGACCAACCCCGUGGCCUUCCGAGAACUCUUAGAAGAGUUGAAUCCUAUUAUCAAGGAAGCACUUGAAAGGAGACCAGAAAAUAUGAAGAGACGCAGGCGUCGAGAUAUUCUGCGCGUUCAGCUUGUGAGGAUCUUUGAAUUGCUGGCAGAUGCUGGGGUCAUCAGUCAGACGGCUAGCGGGGGCCUCGACGGCGAAACGCACUCCCUCAACAACACCCUGCUGGAGUACGUCGAUCUCACCCGGCAGCUGCUGGAGGCCGAGAACGACAAGGACUCCGACACCCUGAAGGACAUCCGAUGCCACUUCAGUGCCUUGGUGGCGAACAUUAUUCAGAAUGUCCCAGUGCACCAGAGAAGGACCAUCUUCCCCCAGCAGAGCCUGCGCCACAGCCUCUUCAUGCUGUUCAGUCACUGGGCCGGGCCCUUCAGCAUCAUGUUCACGCCCCUGGACCGCUACAGCGACAGGAACAUGCAGAUCAACCGGCACCAGUACUGCGCGCUGAAGGCUAUGUCUGCUGUACUGUGCUGCGGGCCUGUGGCUGAUAAUGUCGGCUUGUCGUCAGAUGGGUAUCUGUACAAGUGGCUCGAUAAUAUAUUGGAUUCCCAAGACAGAAAGGUGCACCAGCUGGGCUGCGAGGCCGUCACGCUGCUGCUGGAGCUGAACCCGGACCAGAGCAACCUCAUGUUCUGGGCGGUGGACCGCUGCUACACCGGCUCGCGGCGGGUGGCAGCCGGCUGCUUCAAAGCCAUCGCGAACGUCUUCCACAACAGGGACUACCAGUUCGACACGGUGGUCCUCCUCAACCUGAUCCUCUUUAAAGCAGCCGACUCUUCCAGGGACGUCUACGAAGUUGCCAUGCAGCUGCUGCAGAUCCUGGAGCCCAAGCUGUUCCGCUACGCGCACAAGCUGGAGAUCCAGAGGCACGAAGGGAUCCUGAGUCCUCCCUCCCCUCUGCCACACCUCUAUUCCGUCUCCUACUACCAGCUGUCCGAGGAGCUGGCCAGGACCUACCCCGAGCUCACCAUGCCCAUCUUCUCAGAGGUCAGCCAGAGGAUCCAGACAGCACACCCCGGUGGGCGGCAGGUGAUGCUGCACUACCUGCUGCCCUGGAUGAACAACAUGGAGCUGGUGGACUUCAAGCCGUCAGCCCGGCGGCAGGAGGAGCCCCCGCCGGAGGGGGAGGCGGAGGAGGACCUGAAGGACCGGGAGAUGAUGAUGGUGACCAGCCGGCGCUGGCUGCGGGGCGAGGGCUGGGGCUCCCCGCACGCCACCACCAUGGUGCUCAACAACCUCAUGUUCAUGACGGCCAAGUACGGGGACGAGUUUGCUUGGUCAGAGAUUGAGAAUGUGUGGACGACACUGGCGGACAGCUGGCCGAAGAAUCUGAAAAUCAUCCUGCACUUCCUGAUCAGUAUGUGUGGGGUGAACAGCGAGCCCAGCCUCCUGCCAUACGUGAAGAAGGUGGUGGUGUACCUGGGCAGAGACAAGACCAUGCAGCUGCUGGAGGAGCUGGUGUGUGAGCUGGAGCUCACCGACCCCGUGUGCUCCGCGGUCACCCACAUGGACAACCCCCCCUAUUACCGCAUCACCUCCAGCUACAGGAUCCCCUCCGUGACCUCAGGAACAACGUCUAGCAGCAACACGAUGGUGGCUGGCACUGACGGGCAUCACGACACCAAGAUGAUGAAGGACAGCAACAUGGAAGAGGGCUACGCCCACCUGGACGUCUACAGCGGGCUGAACGGCAACCUGAGCAGGCAGCAUCACCGCCUGGAGUCCCGCUACAGCAGCAGCUCGGGGGGCUCCUACGAGGAGGAGAAGAGCGACUCCAUGCCCCUGUACGCCAACUGGCGGCUGAAGGUGAUGGAGCACAACCGCCCCGAGCCCCUUCCCUUCCCGCCCACGGGCGGCUGCUGGUCGCCCCUGGUGGACUACCUGCCGGAGACCAACAACCUGGGGGUCCCCCUGCACAGGUGCAACAUUGCCGUCAUCCUGCUGACCGACCUGAUCGUGGACCACGGCGUGAAGGUGGAGUGGAGCAGCUACCUGCACCUGCUCCUGCACGCCAUCUUCAUCGGGUUCGACCACCAGCACCCGGAGGUGUACGAGCACUGCAGGAGGCUGCUCCUGCACCUGCUGGUUGUGCAGGGGGCCAACGGUGGCGUCCAGUCCUUGGCGUCUGUGCUCCUGCGCAACAGGGAGUUCAACGACCUGCGCGUGCUCACCGUGAAGCACACCCCGCACGUGGAGUACAACUUCACCGGUGUGCACGAUUUCCUGCCUGAAUACCAGCCCUCCCCGAUGACUGACUCGGGCCUGAGCUCCAGCUCCACCUCCUCCAGCAUCAGCCUGGGAGCCACCAGCUCUGCCCUCCCGCAGCUCCCCGCCGCCCUCCUCCACGAGGCGGACCUGUCGGCCGAGCAGGACGAGAAGAUUAAGGCGCUCAUCGAUUUCAUCACCUCCAGGAAACGUGGGCCGCUGUGGAACCACGAGGAUGUUUCUCCCAAGAACCCGAACAUCAAGAGUGCUGAUCAGCUGACGGUGUUCCUCCGGCACGUGGUGGCAGUGUUCAAACAGUCCCAGCCAGGGAACCAGCUGGAGCAGCUCCUCAGCGAGGCGGCCCUGCAGACGGCGCUCUCCUGCUCCUCGCGCCACUACGCCGGCCGCUCCUUCCAGAUCUUCCGGGCGCUGAAGCAGCCCCUCACCGCCGGCACCCUCUCCGACCUCCUGUCCCGGCUGGUGGAGACCGUGGGGGACCCUGGGGAAGAAGCUCAGGGCUUUGUGAUUGAACUGCUGCUCACCCUGGAGUCUGGCAUUGACACCCUCGCCGACACCAUGAAGAGCUACGACCUGCUCUCCGCACUUUCUCAAGGUUCGUACCACGACCCCCUGCUGGGGACCAAGUUUGCGGCCAACCGGAAGAGCACCGGGCAGCUAAACCUGAGCAGCGGGCACUUCCACAGCCACUACGGUCACGCGCGCAGCCACUCCCUGCGGGCCAGCCUGGCGGGCGAGCGUAAGGGCGACCGGCGCCGCAGCAACACGCUGGACAUCGCGGACGGCCGCGCCAACUUCGGCAGCCUGGCCAGGACUCGCAGCCUCUCCUCCCUGAGAGAGGGGGGCGGCGGCGACGUGCCGCCGCCCGUGGACCCCUGCAACCUGAUGGCCACCAUCUUCUGGAUCGCCACCUCCCUGCUGGAGUCGGACUACGAGUUCGAGUACCUGCUGGCCCUGCGGCUCCUCAACAAGCUGCUGGGCCAGCUGCCCCUGGACAAGGCGGAGAGCCGGGAGAAGAUCGAGCGGGUGCAGGGCAAGCUCAAGUGGUACCACUUCCCCGGCCUGCAGCAGCUCUUCCUCAAGGGCUUCACGUCGGCCUCCACGCAGGAGCUGACCGUCCACCUGCUCGGCAAGCUGAUCACCGUCUCGCGCCACGCGCUGGUGGACCCCUCCCAGGUGGCAGGUUUCCCAUUAAAUAUCCUUUGCCUCUUGCCUCAUCUCAUACAACAUUUUGAUAACCCCACCCCAUUCUGCAAGGAGGCGGCUGAUAAGAUUGCCAAGGUCUGUGCCGAGGAGAAGUCGGCCACUCUCUCCAACUUGGCCCACAUGAUGAGCUUGUACAGCACUCACAGCUACUCCCGCGACUGCUCCAACUGGAUCAAUGUGGUGUGCAGAUACCUGCACGAUUCGUUCUCGGAUAUCACGUUCAGCCUGGUCACUUAUCUCGCUGAGCUGCUGGAGAAGGGCUUGGCCAGCAUGCAGCAGUCCCUCCUGCAGAUCAUCCACAGCCUCCUGAGCCACAUCGACCUCUCAGCUGCUCCGGUGAAGCAGUUCAACCUGGAGAUCAUGAAAGUCAUUGGGAAGUAUGUGCAGAGUCCCUACUGGAAGGAGGCUCAGAAUAUCCUGAAGCUGGUGGUGUCGCGGUCGGCCAGCCUGGCCGUGCCCGAGGAGGUGCACCGCUCCUAUAGCUCCGAGUCCGCCGGCUCCCCCGAGAUCGCCUUCACCCGCAUCUUCAACAGCUCCUCCAAGGAGCUGCCCGGCAAGACGCUCGACUUCCACUUCGACAUCUCGGAGACGCCCAUCAUAGGGCACAAGUACGGGGACCAGCACAGCGCUGCGGGUCGGAACGGCAAGCCGAAGGUCAUCGCCGUGACGAGGAGCACCUCGUCCACGUCCUCUGGGUCCAACUCCAACGCCCUGGUGCCGGUCAGCUGGAAGAGACCUCAGCUCUCUCAGAGGAGAACCAGGGAGAAGCUGAUGAACGUCCUUUCCCUGUGUGGCCCGGAGUCUGGUCUUCCCAAAAACCCUUCUGUCGUGUUCUCCUCGAACGAGGACCUGGACGCCGGAGACCAGCAGGCCAGCCUGAUCUCCACCACGGAGGAGGCCAUCCGCGAGGAGGAGGCCGCGGUGGAGGACGCCAGCAGCGAGCAGCAGUUCGGGGUCUUCAAGGACUUUGACUUCCUGGAUGUGGAGCUGGAGGAUGCCGAGGGGGAGAGCAUGGACAAUUUCAACUGGGGCGUGCGCCGGCGCUCUCUGGACAGCAUCGACAAAGGGGACACCCCCUCUCUGCAGGAGUGCCAGUACUCGGGCAGCUCGCCCAGCCUCAACCUCACCAACCAGGAGGACACGGAUGAGUCGUCGGAGGAGGAGGUACUGACUGCUAACCAGAUACUGUCCUGCUCACCUGUCCUGAACAGCGACUCGGCCACGGACGACGCCGCGUCCAGCCACGUGGACUCUCUCCAGCAGUCCCAGGAGUCCUCCGGCAGCGCAGUGGCCGAGGAGAGCGCCCCGCCCGCGCGGGCCCACAGCCCCUCUCCGGAGCCCGCGCCCCCCGAUAGCGCUAACAGCCAGCUGCCUGAGGAUGGGAGCGCUGCCGCCGCCGCCUCCGCCGCGGGGGAAGAGCUGAGCAGCCGCGUCGGCGAGCCCGACCCCCCGGAGCUCCUCGGCCUCCCGGACGCGCAGGACCCCCGGGACGCCCUGGAGCCCGCCCCGCCGCCGCAGGAGAGCCCGCCGGGGUCCGUGUGCGAGGAGGACGUGACGCUGGCCCUCAAGGAGCUGGACGAGCGGUGUCAGGAGGAGGAGGAGGCCGACUUCUCGGGCCUGUCGAGUCAAGAUGAAGGAGACCAGGAGGGGUUUCCUGAAAUCCAGGUGUCUCCUCCCCCGUCCCCGUUUCUGUCGGCCAUCUUGGCGGCCUUCCAGCCCGUGUCCUGCGACGACGAAGAGGACGCCUGGCGUUGCCACGUCAACCAGAUGCUGUCGGACACCGAUGGGUCCUGCGCCGUUUACACAUUUCACGUGUUCUCUCAGCUGUUUCAGAACAUCCAGAGAAAAUUCAGAGGCCUGACCAACGACUCUGUGAGCUUCCUGGGAGACAGCCUUCAGAGGAUCGGAGCCAAGUUCCACAGCUCCCUGUCGGUGAUGCUGACCUGCUCGGAGUGCCCCACCGUUUUCAUUGACGCCGAAACUCUGGUGUCCUGCGGUUUGCUGGAGACGCUCAAGUUCAGCGUGUUGGAGCUGCAGGAGCAUCUCGACACCUACAACGCCAAGAGAGAGGCGGCCCAGCAGUGGUUGGACAACUGUAAAAGGACCUUUGGAGAGAAGGAGGGCUCCCAGAGGCCAAACACUGAGGCCCAGCAAAUGGAAGUUCUAGCAGAGCUGGAACUGUGCCGGAGGCUCUACAAGCUGCACUUCCAGUUGCUGCUGCUGUUCCAGGCCUACUGCAAACUCAUCAGCCGCGUGGACGCCAUCAAGAGAGAGGCGGAGGUCAUCAACAUGUCGGAGGAGCUGGCUCGCCUGGAGAGCUGUCUGAAGGAGGCAGAGGCGGGCGGAGAGGAGCCCGCUGUCCCCGACGCUGCCCAGGCCAGCCCCGAGAGCGCCGUCCACUCCCUCCUGGAGAGCCUGAGGAAGGAGGACUUCGGCACUGCGCUGGCACAAGUCAAGGCCUUCAGGUCCCUCUGGCCCAGUGACAUCUUCGGGAGCGCCAGCGACGACGCCGUCCAGACGCUGCUGCACAUCCACUUCCGCCAUCAGACGCUGGGGCAGACGGGCAGCUUCGCGCUGGUGGGGCCCAGCCAGGACCUGUCGGGGGCCGGCGCGCAGCUCAUGGAGCUCAACCUGGAGAUCAGGGAGUCCCUGCGCCUGGCGCAGGCCCAGCGCCCCGCAGCCCUCCUCAGCACUGGGCUGUGAGCCGGACCCACUCGUCCAGGACCCGCGGGCCUGCCUGGCGGGCUUCACCGGGCUUCAACAAGGGCUAAAGGAUCUUGGGAAUUUCUCCGUGGAUUGUUUGUGUUUCCUCAGAAUAAGCCAACCGCAAAUUCAACCGCAAUAAUCUGGAGGACUGAGCAGCCGCCGCGCGGAGAGGAAGCAGGCGGAAUGACGCCGGUCGGGGCUUCCCAGCCUGCCGCUGUAAACCGCGGCACGGGUAACGGCACAGCCCUCAGCGCGUGGCCGCUGCGCGUGUCCCUGUGACGCGGGCGCGAGCUGGGUUUGUGCUGCCAUGUCUGGGGUUCCUGUAAAGGCCGAGAGCUUGCUUGGUUAGAAAGCACCGCAAGAAUGUUUUUUUGGGGGGGGAUAAAUUUAUUUUUUAUUAGAGCUAACAUCCUUCUCGUGUGUAAGUGUUAGGGUAUUUAACGUGUAAUUUUAAACUGGGAUCUCCCAGGGCUGUAAAAGAAUUAAUAUAUCUGUUAACGUUAUUGAAUUGCUCUCCAGGGGACUGGAGCGUUUCCCUGGACAGCAGUUCUGUUACAAAUACUGAUGAUAGCUAACCAAAAAGUAGCUGCGUGUAGAGAACCUGUAUAUGUGUAAAGAUAUAUAUAUACAUAUAUUCUUACACAUAUUUGCUGAACAAUGGCAACAUCCAUUAUGAAAAUGUCAAUAACUUAUUUUACUCUGUAAAUAUUUUAGAAAUGUAUAGUGUAAAACCAGUAUUUUUUUCUUGUACAUUUGUGCAAUGCACUGUUAAUGCAGAAUAGGUGUAUAAAGCUGAUGCAAAAAAAAAAUAACAGGAAACUUAUCUUAUUACUUGGUCCCGACUUAACAUCAGGAUGAAGCCAGGCUGCCCGGGUGUUGGGUUUGACCUGAGCAGCUGGCAGGGGUACGAAGCGAGAGGCGUGCAGGGGUGGGGUGGCCCGCGCUGCCGAGACUCGUUGUGCCAAAGGUGUGAGCGGCGCGGCGCGGACGCCGGCGCUGUGGGCUCUCUUCCCCGCAGCUCAGCUCUGUCCCGUCUCCCUUCCACUGUGACCCUGGGCUCCGCGCUCCAGGGCGGACAAUGUACUAAACGUGUUUUUUUUAGCUUUGCAGUCGUCUGGGGACAGAGCCCCCUGUAAGUGCUAAUUAUGAAAAUAACUAUAGAUUUUUAUUUAAUGCACUGUGCACGCUGGCAGACUGCAGAACAUGUACUGAAACUUCAGACUAUAGGAACUUGUCUUGGCACAUUAGCAAUCACUGUAUCCAUUCCACUGAUCUGAUAUUUAAACUCUUCUGUUGGCUGUUUGGUACUUUUGAAUGCUGUUUUAAUUAUUUAACGCAUAUAUAUUUACUGGGAAAAUAUAGUUUUAUUUAGAGGUGCAUUACACUUUUUUUUUUCAGCUCAGAUACAAGCCUCCUCCUUUAAAUUAAAAUCUCAGUCAGACUGAGUUCUACAGCCAAUGUGUUUAACCUCUUAAAGCAUUAAAAUGUUCACAAGGUGUAACGGGGCAGACGAAAGUCUGAUUUGGUGCCAGCCGCUCUUGAGUAAUGGCUGGGGUGUCGCCUCCAUUUACAAAGCUAAACUUUGCCUUGUGCUGCUGUUUCUUCAGUGGGCCUUGCUGCCAUGUCAGCUGACCGUGUCAAAUCUGAGGAUGUCUGCACACAAGUCAGAAAUACUCAUGUGCGAAAGCAGCUCCCCGUCAACUGUCUUUGCUUAGACUCAACCAAGGUAUUUUAUUUUGCUAAGAGGUUCAUGCAGCACUUUAAAGCAAAGGAUACUGUAGCAUUGGGUCACAAUUCACAACCCAGACUGGGGGGAGGCCGGCUUCAGUGACCAAAGCUGCCUGCGGCCCUGCUUGCCAAAGAAGCUGGCAGCGUCGGGACGAUUCACCGAAGUAAAGGAGCGCCGUUUUAGUUACCACUGUGGUUAAUUGUGAUUCAUUUGGAGCAUGGCCUUUCCUCCCUCUCGGGAAGAGCCUGGGUCCAUCGUCAUGCCUUUUCCGCCGCUUCUCCAAGCUGAAGAGACCUCGCUGCUCUGAGCGGGACUGGGACUCUGUGAGGAGCACUCGGCCACAUGCCCACAUUCCUCCCUCUCCUUGACCCCUACUGACGCGUCCUUCCUUUGGACUCGUUGCCAACAGGCCAGUGAGAGAGGUGGUCCAAGCAUCUUGCUUUCUCCGUGGUGGUUAUGUGCUCUGAGCAGAAUGACAGCCCCUGUGGCUCAAAGCCUUUAUUUGACUUCUGUUGGGGAUCCCUCCAUUGCACAAGUUUCACAAUAACCUGGGAUCAGAACCCAUUGUGGGUUUCUGUUUUAUUGUAGAACAGCCAUCAAGAUUUAGGGUAUUAAAUCACAACAAUUGACUUUGUUCUGGCUAAACAUGUUUAUUUGAUAGUGAAAAUGUAAAUAAAAGAAAUCUUUAUAA